GAAUUGUCACUUGCUCACUAGUCAGUGACUGAGUGAAUUUAAUAUUACGUACUACGUACUGCCUCAGUGUUAAAAAUUAAUAAAGCACGUGUUAAAUCAUCAAAUAAACUUGUAAUAACAAUACUUUAAAAUAUAUUCAGCAAGGAUGGAUGUCCUAACCAGGCCUGCGGAGGAGUUCGGCAAUGAUGAAACAUUGGAGCACCUGUGGGCUGCAAAGGCUAUGGAACACAGUGACAUUUACUUCAACGUGUUAUGUUCAGUAGACACACGGUUGCUACGCCUCACCCCGCAAGACGACCUAAUAUACACACACUUCAGGCAAGACUUCCCCGACCUAAAUGUAGCCUACAUCAAAGAAAACGAAAUUAAAAACAACCACAACAAAGCAAAAUGGCGUGCUUAUUGCGAAAAAUUUAAAAAUAUCAUUGAAGACUACAGUUUUGGGACUUUGAUGAGAGCAGAUACAAAAGGGGACUACUCAGAACAGAAUACCAUUCUAGUGCCAAGAGUGCAGUUCUAUGCUAUAGAAAUUGCUAGGAAUCGUGAAGGAUUGAACAAUGAGGUAAAGAAACGGUUCAAAUGCCAGUCUAAAGCUAAUUUUGAGGCACAGAAACACAAAACUGCUGUCACUGCGUAGGUCCCAACAAUCCGACUGCCACAUCAUUAUCAACUAUUCUUAAAAAAUCGUGUCUGUAAUCUAAUUACCAUCACCAUUUUCAUACAUUUUAUAUGGAGUCAUGGCAGUUAGAUUGCAGACAUUUUUUUUCAAAUGGCCGUUAUAUUUUAAGGUGUUGCCAAUAAAGAUUAAGUUAAGAAAUCAAUAUAAUCUGAAAUAAAAAACAUAAAAUUAUGUUUGGCCACCAGUUCUGAAAAUGAAAUCAUUGUACAUCCCUACUUACUGUAUGGCGCCUACGCUGUUCGUAGUUUUUGGAUAAGUAUAGAAAAAGAAAAUAAAUUCUAUACCUACCUACCAAGGAAACAGUUGAAAUAAAACAUUUGAAUACUUAUAUCUGGUGUAGUGUGGAGGCGCCAUUACAAUAAUUUCCUGAAAUAGUGUUUCCAGUAGUUCCAGUGUUAUUAACGCUCUUUUGGAAGAAGAAAUAAUCUGAUAAAAAUAUGUAAACAUGAAUACUGUCUCAGGCAUAGGUGCAAAUAGCCAGCCAUUUAGAAUUAUUUCCAUAAAAAGCCUAGUAGUGUUAAGAUCUCUGUCCAUUGACUACGUAUCCAACAUGAUAUCCGUUGUAUUUGAUGAAAUCCAUUACUUUGAUUUAUCACUCGUCCUUAGAAACUGUUUAUAAAUUACAAAAAGCCUAAAAGGCAGCCGUCAUUGAAAAGCGUAGUUCCAUGGGCUAAGGUCAUUAUUAAUAUAUAAAGCCGAUAUAACCUGUUUACCUGUGCUGCUAAGUAUUCAGUUCUAGUGUAAGGAAUAGGUUAGUAAAAAUGAAUGAGGUGCUCAAUAACUCAUACAUUUUGUGUAAUAAAUUUUAUACUACA